AUGAGGAUAUAUCUCCUCUACUUACUAUUAUUUUUAAUUCUAACUUCUGGAUACGAACAACGAUCCGACUGUGUCGAAACAUGCGGUCAUUUGGAUACGAGUCAAGAAUUCGGAGAUUGUUUGAAUAAGUGUUCGAGAAAACCGAGAAAAGACAAUCUCGGAGAUUCUAAUUUAUUCGCAGUACCUCCGACUGAUGUGGAUAUUGAAACAAAAGUGAUUAUGGAUGGAGGAAAGAUUCUGGAGACGACGAUAAGUUGGAAAGCAGAAGAGAAAGACAAUCGUCGUGAAGGCUUCUACAUUCGAUACACCGCCGUGAAUUCCUCUUGCCAAAAACAUUUCCCCGGAUAUUUCACUUCUUCCAUUCUUCCUGAUGAAAGAUCUCUAACAAUUCCAGCAGCAUUCAAUGGACAUGCCCUUGUAAUUGAUCAUUCGUGUUCUUAUCAUCUUCAAAUCCGAGCGAAACCGUAUCCACCAGGAGACGAAAAAUACAUCAUUGAAAAACGACACACCGUUCCGGAUUGUAUUGAUAAAUACUGUAGUUGUCGACCUGGUGACGUGGCAGCUAUCAAAGAUGUUUUUGUGGAUUCGGAUUAUCGUUUAAACUGGAAAUUUGAUGAUGUAUCAGGAAAAGAAUAUAAUUUUUAUGUCGAUAUUUAUGAAAGAAUUGCAAUGCCACUAAUCAAGAAGAAGGGUUCAGAACCUGAUGUCGAAGAAUUUACAUUCAGAAUCGCCAACGCUGAAUCUUAUGAAAUUCCUGCAAAAACCUCUGAAAUCUCAUCUCACACAUAUCAAUAUCAACUUCCAUUCCAAUUCUCUCCAUAUCAACAAUACAAAAUUUCAAUAUUCGCAGUUGACGACAGUUUUUGUCACAAUGAAGAUAUAUUCUAUAUAUUCAAUACAACUAAUUCAACGUCACCUUCAUCAUCUGGAGAAUUCAGAACUUCUUCCGUUCCAGAACCAUCCGGAUCUGCUAUUACCAAAACUAAUCCUAUCAUGGAGUCACCUGUUCUCGUGAUAUUCUUGGUCGUAGUUGCUUGUUUGUCACCAAUUUGCACUUUUUUCGUCUUGUUUCUAGUAAGAAGAAGGCGAAAGGAAGUAAAAAAGCGUCAUCAUUUUCUGCAUCGUCGGUCACUUUCUUGCUCUCGACACAGUAUUAUUGAGACAAAUAUCUUAUAUAGACCACCAAAUGAAGUUAAUGGAGGAACUACAAGAGAUUGGCUUAUUAGAGGACAAGAUGUUGUUAUUGGAAAUGUUAUUGGAGAAGGAGCAUUUGGACAAGUGUUCAAAGGAAUACUACGUGGAAAAAGUGGUCAAGUGAUGCCGGUUGCAGUGAAGCAAUUGAAAGCGAAUGCACUUGACGAGGAACGAGAAGAGUUUAUUAGAGAAAUUGAGAUGAUGCAAACGGUCGGUCGACAUGAGAAUAUUGUUGGAAUGUAUGGUUACGUUAUGGAUGAAACUUCUCAAUGUAUGAUAAUGGAAUAUGUUCCCUAUGGAGAUUUAAAACAUUAUUUACAGAAUAUGAGAAAGGAGAAAGAUUCCGAAAGUUCAAUUGAUGGGAAUGAAUUUCUUUGCUUCGCCAGUCAAAUUGCAUGUGGAAUGGCUCAUUUGGAGUCAGUUGGUAUCAUCCAUAGAGAUCUGGCUGCUAGAAAUAUUCUUGUUGGAACUGGAAAAGUUCUUAAAAUAUCUGAUUUCGGGAUGUCUCGACCGGGAGUUUAUAUAAAAAUGAGUAAAGGUGUAAUUCCUCUUCGUUGGUUAUCUCCAGAAGCCAUCAAAGACAAUACGUAUUCGAAUAAAAGUGAUGUGUGGGCGUUUGGAGUUCUACUAUGGGAAAUCGCAACUCUCGGAGGGUUUCCAUAUAAUAAUGUGGCUGACAAGGAUCUUUUAAAUCAGUUAACAGAAGGAAUGCGUUUGGAACAACCAACGAAAUGCUCCAGUGAUAUGUAUAUUCUGAUGAAAUCGUGUUGGAAUCUCAAAUCAGAAGAUCGCCCUUCGUUCCUUUCCAUUUUGAGUAAAUUGGAUCAGAUUUCAACGAAAGAAGCAGAUCCACCUCCAUCAGAUCCACUUGCUAAGGAUUAA